GAUAGUCCAAAUCGUGUUUUGACGUAUUUAACGUCUAUAAUGGGAUCAGGUUUUAUGAGAACGUAAUUUAUUAUUAUUAUUAUUAUUUCCAAAAUACUGGUUAAAUUAAAAACUCAGAUCUAUAUAUUGAAAUCUUCUAAUAUUUUCCUUUUUAUUUUUACUAUUAUCAAGUUCGAAUAAUUAUUUUGAUCGUAAUAGAAUAAAUACUUCAGCAUGUCUGUGAAAGUUGGUUUAGGUGCUAAUGAAGAUGAUCUAGAUAUUCAAGGAGAAAUAGAUUUCGAUUUCUUUGACAGAGAACAGAAACAAAAAGAUCUAAGUAAGAAAAUAGAGUUGCCUUUAGUAAAUAAACAAAAUCAUAUCAGAAAAACUCUAAUUGAAACUGUGAUUCCUUCACUUAUAGAUGACAGUUGUGAAAAUGGUGAAAAAAUGAAAGAUGAAGAUAAAGAUGAUUGCCAUUCAGUUUCUUCAAGUGUGUCCAUGACUGAUUCGGAAGAGAGUUCUUUGAGCGAAGAAUCUUUCGAUGAUCUGACCGAAUCGGGUUCAAUAACGGAUGUGACUCCUCUAACGUCUCCGUGUUGUGACAGUCCCCUUCCAGAAUUCCUGAAAAAUGAUAAUUGCCAACCGAGGAGAAAAUUAAAUGACUACGCGGAAGAUAAGAUGUCAAAUGAUUUUAAUAUGAAAAAACGAGAAAAUGUCAAAUUCGCUGAUAAUGUGGAAUGGAAUUCGACUUCGAAAAAUAAUACUGUUGAUUUAAAUGCACUUUUAUGUGCGAUUAAACAACUAGAAUUGGAACAGAAUAAAAAUUCUAGUGAUAACAAAGCAUUUCAGGCAAAAUUUUUGAACUCUGCUCGUAAAAAUAUGUCUUUUUCUAAUGAAGAAGUACGCCAGAUCGAUCAUGAAAAUCAACGUCUUCUUAAAAAAAUAUUGACUCAACAAAAUCGACCCACUUCGAAAUAUCUUGGUCAAAAAUCUCGCAUACCUCAGUCUCAUGUAUCUUCGUCUGCGAUCAAUCGAUUAAAACAACAAAGACAAAUUGAACUUGAGAACCUGGCAUUAUUAAAAAGAAUUGAAUCAGCUAAACCAUCAAGAGAUAUUAGUAGAACCCAUUUAUUAAGAGAUUAUGAACGAUUAUCAAGUUUUUCAUACUCUUCAAGAUCAUCCUCAAGACCACAAUCUGCAACUAGAAAACCAUACCAUUCAGGACGGAAUUCUCUCCAGCAAUCAGUUCGAUCAAGCAGCUUAACUAGUCUACAAUCAUCUAACAAGUUAAAUCCAAUCUCUGUUACCCAGAGCAAACAAAAAAAUGUUAGACCUUUUUCUACUUCUUCCAAAUCUUAUACAAUGAAACAGAAUCAAGCAUCAGAUUGUAGAAGUUGAGACAAAUUUUUUAGAUUAAACAUUAGAAAUGAAAAAUAUUUAACUAUAAAAAAAAAGAAAAAAAAAAGAAAAAUUG